AUGACGUUGUAUCCUCCUGCUGGCAUUUGCGGUGUGCUGCAGCUCGAGGUGUGCUGGGAGAGCGAUUUAAAGAUCAAAGUUGGUGAUGACAUAGUGCCGGUUCAUCGAAGCGUUCUGGUGGGUGGACGGUCCCGCUUCCUCGCAGACUUGUUUGGUCCAGAUCUAGCGUGCAAUGACGGACCAGUUGCCAUCCAGCCACCACAUCCGGAGCUGUUCCUACGAGCCCUCCACUGCAUCACAACCCGAGCACGACCAGAACUUACGGAGGCGGAGUUCGUAGGCUUCGUUAGAACUUCUGCUUUCCUUCAGAGUGAUGAGCUUGAUGAGCGCUUGUGUGAAGCCAGCCUUUGCUCAUGGAAGUCGCUGACUCGCUUGCAUGACUUCCGAAAUCCCUGUGUCCCUGCGCAAUUUCUCGAGCGCAUGCUAUUGAUGGCCCGGGAACACAAUGUCAUGACCGUGCCGGACUGUUUGGAAGUUCUGGCCAUGUGGUGCAAGGACGGCAUUGAUGGCGGAGAUAUGGUCCUCGAAAAGCUGAUCAAGAUUUCGGACAUGGAGGCAUCUGAGCUGAAGCGACUGCAGAGUAUUAACCCACGUUUCGUGGAGCUGCUGUCCUCCACACAAGUGUACCAGAUCAUGGGGAAGGCGUGCUUCCUGUGA